ACCUUGCAAGUUGCAACUUUUUGUUUAGUGGUAAUCUUUAGUGGGUUCUUUUUCCGUUUAAGCAUCAAUACAAGAAGAAUAAAAUGGGAAAAGCCGAAGUCGGAACGCCAAAAUGGAUAGGAAACAAAAUGAAGUCCAAAGGUUUGCAGAAAUUGCGCUGGUAUUGUCAAAUGUGUCAAAAACAGUGCCGAGAUGAGAAUGGUUUCAAGUGCCACACAAGCUCGGAAUCCCAUCAAAGACAACUUUUACUGUUUGCAGACAAUUCUCGUAAAUACCUUGAUGAAUUCUCGCAUGAAUUUGAAAAGGAUUUCUUAAACCUACUGAGAAGACAAUUUGGAACAAAAAGAGUUCAUGCCAAUGUGGUGUAUCAAGAAUACAUUAGAGAUAGGAACCAUACCCACAUGAAUGCAACAAGAUGGACUUCAUUAACAGGAUUGUGUAAACACCUUAGCAGACACGGCAAGGUUGUAGCUGAUGAAACAGAAAAAGGUUGGUUUAUCACAUACAUUGACCGGGACCCAGAAACCAUUGCUAGAGCAGAGGCAGUGGCUAAAAAGCAAAAAAUGGAUAAAGAUGACCAAGAGAGGGUUUCAGACUUUAUCGAAAAACAAGUUCAAAAAGGCAAGCAAGAAGGAGAAGAGGAAGAAACUGUCUUUACUGAAUUCAAACGAGAAAAUCCAGAAGAAAAGAUUCAAAUUCAACUAGGUCCAAAAAUCAAGAAGGAAGAAGUCCAACUUGCUCCUUCAACUAGCUUUUCUGAAAUGAGAGAUGCUAAACCUGGUAAAUCCUCAGCCACAGAUGAUUCUGUCUUUAAAGUACCUCACAACAAAGAUAUCAAAAAAGAAAAAUCAACCGAAAAACGAAAGCUUUCGGCUUUAGAUGAAAUCAUGAUGGAACAAGAAGCUUCAAAAGAGAAAUUUGGCAGAAAAGAUUACUGGCUGGCCGAAAACAUUGUUGUUAAAGUUGUCACAAAAUCUCUUGGGGACAAGUACUACAAAAAGAAGGGAUACGUCAAGCAGGUCAUUGACAAAUACGGAGCCAUGGUGACCAUGACAGAUACCGGCCAUACCUUAAAACUGGACCAGUCUCACCUGGAAACUGUCAUUCCAGCUGAAGGACGAACAGUUAUGAUUGUCAACGGUGCAUAUCGCGGAUGUCGAGCCAUACUUAAAAGUCUCGAUGCCAAAAACUUCUGCGUUUCAAUCACAAUCGAUUCGGGACCUGUAAAAGGACGAGUUGUCGAGGGAGUCCAAUAUGAAGACAUUUGUAAAAUUCACACUGAAUAAUUUGAUUUGCAAGAAUACACCACGAAUUCAUUUUCUUAUUUAA